UAUCGAUUUUCCGGUGAAACGAUUUUCACUCAACCACCUCGAAGGCGGCUUCUAUAUACCGGAAUCGAGUUUCACCAGCCCAUAGUAGAAAAAUAAAUCCUGUAGUAUUACAAAGAGUUCUAUAAAAAAAAAAAACAUGAUCUAUCAAAUUAUUAUAAUAUUUAUCAUCCGUGGCAAACGACAAUCGUCGUCAUUUGUAGGAAACGAUUAACAAUUCAAAUAUAAUUUUAUUAAACAGUCGUCAAACAGCCUUCAGUACGUGACAAAUACUCUCAUAGUCUCAUUUUCAUAAAAUAUUUCAAUAAUUCCAUUCCAAAGCGUAAAGAAGACGAAUGAAGAAAUAAUCUAGCUGUUUCUUCUGUGGUGGUCCACGUUUGAACUUAAUAUGGCACAGCUUGAUUUCGCCGAAAAUCGUCGAAGGAUAGGUAUAAUUACGAGUUGGAAAAAUUUAAAUGUGUGCAAAAACAUGCGCAAUUUGUUUGACUAUUUUAUAAGAAAUCUUAGCAAUAUCACAGGGAUGAAAAAGUUGUCCAAGUUUUGGCGACUUUAUUUACACUAUAUUUCUGAAACCUCACCAUCGGAUUAUAAAAAAUGUUUCUACGAAGCUGUUGAAAACUGUCCAUGGCAUAAGUUUUUAUACAUGGAAGCUGCAUUUUACCUACUAGAAGAGCUGCCAAACAUCUGUGACAUAUUAGUCGAAAAAGAGUUACGAAUACACAUUACCCACGAAGAGUUGUUAGUGUUGAGAGAAGACUAAAUUAAAUAUCAUACUUAGUAUUAAGUUAAUUUCCUUCAAAUAUGGACCAUUUAAUAUCACCAUCAUUUCAUAACCAUUUGAAGAAUUUUAUUAUAGCUGCUAAACAAUAUUCAUGUUGCCAUGAUGAAUCAUCUUUAAAUGGAGUUCUCUGUUCAUUACAAAUCCUUGGACAAUUAUCUAAUGAAUUUAUUUUUAAUUCAAAAGACACAUUAAGACAUGAGUUUUAUAUGAAGUUAUAUGAAUUGAUGAGUAAUACUAAUGACGAUUCUGAGAUUAUGUGGGCGGCUGUUCAUUUUUUGCAGUCCAUUGUAAAGCAAGGAUUUUUUCAUGACAUAAUACUAAACAAUAAUGAAUUAACACUAAUUUUGACAAAAUUACUUAAAGAUGAAUUAUCAUUAGAUAAAAAAAUCAAAAUACUUAAACUACUUCAGGAAUUGACAUAUAGAAUGAAACUACAAUGGCAGGAAAGCCAUUCAUCUGAACUAAUUAGUUUGUUGAUAAAAUGGAUAUCAACUGAAGACAAAGAUCUUAUAUCAUUAAGCUUAGGAGUUUUAGUAAAUGUGUGUUGUAAAAACAAAUUUGCCAUGUUUACUCUUGUGAAAUGUACACAUUCUAAAUCCUUCAUGCGUCUACUUUUAAAACUACAAUCUGACGAUAUAUUUAUCAAAGUUCAAGUGUAUAAAUUAUUAUUAAUUUUAGAACAUGUAUCUGGUCAGAUACCACAUGUUGAUGUUAACAAUUUAAUUGAUGUAACAUUUGUUGUUUUGGAAGAAGGACUUAAACUAAAAAAUGUAUUUGUUUUACGUCAUGCAGUUGACUUUUUUAUUGAUAUUAGUGAACAUGCACGUUGGAAAAAUUAUGUUUUAGAAUAUGACGGCUAUAAAACAAAUGUGAUUAAAAUAUUAGAAGCUAUGAAUGAUUUUAAAUAUAUUGAGAAAACUCAUAACAAUUAUUACUUAAUAUUGCAAAGUGUGGACUUACUUUUGCAAUUUGUCCACCAUGUAAUCCAAUUCAAGAAUGAAGAUUUAAUCAUAUUAUAUCCUAAAAUAAUAAUAUACAUUUUGCAUUGGACUCAAUUUUCAAAUCUUCAUGAACAAUCAAUGUCAAUUUUACAAACAAUAAUUAUAAAUGUACGAAGUUAUAAUAAUUAUAUGGAUCAAACCCUUCAAUGUGAUAUUUAUGAAAAUCUAGAGAAGAGUUUAUAUGUGUUGCUAAUGAUUUUAUUUGAACCAAAUAAAAAUGUAGAAAAUGAUUCUAUUAUAUGUACAUGGAAUAAAUAUGCCAUAUGCUUAAGACUUCUUCAAGAAAUGUUAAAGAUGCAAAAUUUAUAUGAAAUAAUUGAAGAAAAACUUAAUAUUUCAUCUCUUCAGUCUUUAUUUCAUUCUUUGAUAUUGAUUGAUAUUAACAAUUUAAAUAAUCUACAAAAUAUCACAUUUGUGUAUAUCGAAGCGCUAUGCUUUUUAUCUGAAUUAGUGGCAAAGAAUCCUACUUGGAUGUCUUUAUAUUCUGAAAUAUUGAAUCAAAAACAUGUUUAUCGUGUACUUGCAUUUAUAAUUUAUAAAGGUACAAAAAAUAUGAAACAAAAAGUAUUAGAUCUCAUAACUAAAUUUUCACAACAAAGUACUUUAAUGUUAUCCGAUUGUUUGGAAGAAAUAGAACAAUUAUCUUUAGCUAAAGUGAAAAAUAUGACAACUACAAAUUCAGAAAUAAAGCCUGUAUGUACAUUUGCUCAAGAAGAACAAAUACAAAUGUUUAUUGAUAAAUUAGAAAAUAUAUUCAAUUCAAAUGAAAAACUUAGUAUAAAAACGAGUAAUGUUAUUACAUUAUAUCAGUACAAAAUGAAUACAUUUAAACAAACUGAAGUGUGGUUAAAACAAAGUCUUGAUAAUGCCUCUGAAGAAAUAACACGGUUAAAUUAUAAAAUAGUUUGUUUAAAUAGUGAAUCAAUGGAACUAAAUCAAAUGUUAUUAGAUAAUCAUAAAGAAAUUGAAGAGUUGACAAUAGAAAAUGAAAAUUUAAAAAAAAAAUUAAAUGAUAUUACAGAACAAUUUGCUACAACUAGUAAUGACUUUGCAAAACUAUCUCGAAAUUAUGAAUCAAAACGUCAAAUUAUUCAAGAGCAAAAUUCAUCAAUAAAAAACCUUGAAAAACAAUUAGAAGAGCUACAUUUAGAAAGCGAUAAAAUGAAAGCUAAUUUACUAGACCAAUUAAAAAAUGAAAAAGCUGAAAAUAAAAUUCAAGUUUCAAAGUUGGAACAACAAUUAACUGAAAAACAAAGUAUCAUUAAUGAAAAAAUAGAAGAAAUCAACAACAAAAUAUCUUUUAUUAAAAAUCUAGAAAAUAUUGGUUUAGAAAAAGAUAAAGAUAUUAUUGAUUUGCGUAAACAACUACAAGAACAACAUAGAGUUCGUGAAAUGAUAAGUCAAAUGUUAGCUGCUACAUCUAGUAAACCUUAAUAAUUAUCUGAUAUCUAAUCUUGACUUAGUUAAUUUGUGUUCCUUAGUUAAAUCUAGAAAUCUAUAUUUUAAAAAAAAAAAAAAAUGUUUUAUAACCAUCAUAAGUUAAUUUCACAAAGUUAAUGUAACUAUGUGUUUUUAAAUCAUAGUUUUUACUUAUUUAGUAAGUAUAAUGUUUUUAUGACUAACAUUUUUCUAAAAUUCACAUAGAGAUAUGAAUUGAUUAUUAAAAGAAAUACAUUAAUUUAAAGAUUUUAUAUUUCAGAUCUUAACAUUAUAAUGUUUAAAGAUGAAUAUUAUCUUAAUUAAAAAUACUUUUUAAGCUUAAGAUUUUGAAAAAUUAUGUUUUAAAAAAUUAUUAUUUAAUGUAUUUUUGUUUUUUUACAAUAAGUACAGUAAAUAUUUUUUUAUAAUUCUAUUAAUUCAUUAUUAAUAAUAUAAACCAUCGUUCAUCAGCCACUAAUAAAAGCCUAUAUUUUACAUAAUUAUAGAUAACUAAUAACUAAACAGAUUAAUACAAUAUCUUAGAACAUAUUAAAAACAAUCUUAACAAUACUGUAUUGUUUCAUAGAAAAUUUCUUGUAUUGUAAAUUAUAAUAAACUAGACAAAUGUAUUGUUAAAAUAAAAUGUGUUUAAAUUUAUCUUUAUUGAAAGAAAAACUUCUUUUAUACUUCAGUAAAGUAAUUUUAAGAUAACUUAAAUAUAUAUUAGUUAUUUCUUAUUUGCUAUUACUAAAAUAUAAUAAUUUGUUUAUAUAUUUUUUCUUUAAUUUUAUGUAUAGAUUAUAAGUUACUAUAAAGAUUGAUAAACAUUUUGUUUCAUUGACUUAUUGUAUUAUUGAGGUGAUUUAUUUUUAUUUAUAUAAUUAUUCAAUUAUUGUAUACUUUUAAAGUUUAUUAGAUACUAUUUUUGCUAUUAAAAUAUUUUUUAUUAAUAUUUUUUCUCUCUAUUUAGUAAUAUAACUGCCCAUUACCUUUUUAUUUUAUAACGUCAUAAUGAGUAUACUACAUUAUUGACAUUAUUUUUUUAUAUUUUUAUAAUUAUUAUUUGUAUUUUUUCAUUUAAAAAAAUAUUUGAUCGUUAAAAUUCUUGAAAAUAUAAUACAAGAUCUCACAUGAGUUUUCUCUUAUUUUUAUAGCUAUGUACAAUUAUUAAAAAUAUAUAGAUACAAUUUUGUUUUAGA